AUGGGCACCUUUAAACUAAAAAAGCUGUCGUCAAGCACACUAGUUGACGGCAGUAACAAACAACUAGAUCACAUAACCAGUGAUUCAGCUGUAGCAGAAAAACAACCACUCAUAAAUAGUGAACGCCUUUUUGUCGUCGAUCGUAUAUCAUGUUUUCGUUUUUUGGUUGACUCGAGCUCAGUUGUAUCAGUAGUGCCACGGCAUUUGGUAAAAUUCAAAAUAACACAAGGAGAGCUCCAACUAUACGCAGCGAACCAAACUCUCAUUACCGCAUUUGGCAACAACACAAUGGAAUCAGACUUAGGUUUACGCAGAUCAUUUAGGUGGCAAUUUAUCAUCGCAGAUGUCGAAGUUGCUAUUAUUGAUGCGGAUUUCUUAAACCAUUUUCAUUUGUUAGUUGAUCUAAGAAGCAAACAGCUUAUAGACAUGACGACGAAGCUUAACACACGAGGUGGUCUUUCAGCUUUUCCGCCAUCAACCAUAUAUACAAUAGACGAGACAGCCAAGUUCAGCAAACUGCUCAAAGAAGUCGUUAUAUAUUACACGACCAGUGUUGAAACAGCCAUUUCCCGACGCUCGAAAAUUGUAUUGGCGAGUAUGCACAAGUAUCAGCCACGCAUCCAUAUCAUUCGCACGGCGGAUCUAACGCAGAUACCGUGGGCACCGCAACAAGCAUUCUUAUUUCCAGAAACUGAGUUUGUAGCAGUCACUGCCUAUCAGAAUGAUCGCAUCACAAAAUUAAAAAUCGACAACAAUCCAUUUGCAAAAGGUUUUCGUGAAACUGGACAGUCGCGAUGCAAGCGUAAAAUGUCUUCAUCACCCUCCAAUGAAGAUCAUGAUAAUAAUAUGCAACAGGAAGGCCAACAACAACGACUUUUACAACAACAACAAAGUGAUCUGUCGCCGAUGAAAUCCAAUUCAACAACGAACAGUAGUGAUUCGGUUCCGUCAAUUUGUUUUGAUAAAACUGCAUUAGGAGCUUUGCCCGAAACCAACGAUUUUGAAAUUAGUCAACAAAUUAAACGCAUAAAAUCAAAUGGUUCCGCUUGCUCUACAACGUCGCAAGAAGAAAUUAACAUAAUUAGUGGUAUUAGCGAAAUCGACCAGAUUAGCAGAGCGCCAAUUUUAAAAGCAGACCAUGAUUUGCAUAUAUCAGCACAUGGUUGCCACCAGCCGCCUAAUUUAACGCUUGCCUUUGGGAAUCGUGGCAUUAGCACUGGCGCUGGAACGACAUCAACUUUUAUGCACAAUUUCCAACAGAACAUGCAAACACUAUUGCGACCUUCUAUUGCUGAUUUAGCUUGUACGUAUUUCAACAGACCACAAUUAUUAUAUCCACCUAACAUUUACUCCCAGCACACUCUUUUGGUUAAUGAAGCAGAACCAAACAAUUUAACAACUAAUACGAAGUUCGAUGUGCAGGAAUCAUUUCAACUUGCAUCUAUGCAAUUACACUCUGAUACUGAAACUGAUGAUGUUAGAAUUAACAUCAAUGAAUCAGAAACGAAUGCAGAAGUCGAUAUAGAAGCCUCUUCGAAAUCAUCGGAUGAAACAUUGGAAAUUCAAGAACAGCAAUCAAAUAUUCAUUCUGUAAAAUCUCCAACUAAAAGAAACGCUUUCAGCAUUUCAGCUAUUCUGGGUGGGAACAGUUGAAGUUUGAAGUUUUUGAAAUAUUCUGUGUAAAAAAUCUUCCCUAAAAUCUUAAA